AUGGCGCCGAGGACUGCUGCGCCCGACACAUUACACAGUUUCCACAUUGUUCUGUGUUGGGCCUCCUCCUCUUCCUCCCCACCUUCCACCCACCUGGCCCCUCUUCACCCACCAUGUCGCAAGCGUGUGCCCAACGACGUGGUCAAGCCCACAGCGAGCAUUGGAGUCAUGCAUCACCUGAGGGGGAUGCACCGCUACACUCUCGAGAUGAUUGCCAUGAACCACUUCCCCCAGGCCUUCAGGGAGGUGGUCCAAGCUGCCAUCUUGGACAGAGCCAUGCAGGCCUCACUGGAGCAGGAAAAGAAGCUUAACUGGUGCCGCGAGGUCAAGAAGAUGGUGCCGCUUCGUACCAAUGGGGAUGGAAACUGCCUACUUCAUGCUGCCUCUCAGUAUAUGCUUGGUGUUCAGGAUACUGACCUCGUGCUGCGGAAAGCUCUGCAUAGCGUCUUGAAAGAGACAGACACUGGGGUUUUUAAGGCCCGCUUUCAGGCAGAGUUGCUUCAGUCCAAGGAGUUCACCCAGACUGGACUCCGAUACAGCACCAUGAACUGGGAGGAGGAAUGGGAGAAGAUUGUCAAGAUGGCGUCACCAGUUUCUACUAGCAACGGCCUUCAGUUUGACUCUCUGGAAGACAUUCACAUCUUCAUCCUCUCUAACAUUCUUCGCAGACCUAUCAUCGUCAUUGCAGACCAGGUCGUGAGAAGUAUGAAGUCAGGUUCCUCUAUCUCACCGCUGAAUGUGGGCGGUAUCUAUCUUCCACUGCACUGGCCUCCUGCUGAAUGCUACAAGUAUCCAAUAGUUCUCGGCUAUGACUCUCAGCACUUUGCUCCCCUUAUCACUAUCAAAGACAGUGGUCCAGAGAUUAGAGCUGUACCAUUGAUCAACCCAGGCAGGGGAGGAUUUGAGGAACUCAAUGUUCACUUUCUGAUGGAGAAGGAACAGCAACAGAAAGAAAUACUUCUCAAAGAUUACCUGCUCUUAAUAGAGAUCCCUGUCAUCGGCCUGGGAUAUGACGCCACUCGCAUCAUCAAUGCAGCACGAUUGGAUGAGGGCAACCUUCCUGAAGACAUGAACUUGAUGGAAGAUUAUCUGCAGUUGGUCAACCAUGAGUACCAGCGCUGGCAGGAAGACAAAGAACAAGCCUGGGCUGCCCAGCCACAGCGGCCACCGCCUUUCUCUGUUUCUCAGUUGUCACUCAUUGAGAUCCGCUGUGCCACACCACGCUGCACGUUUUAUGUCUCUGUGGAUACGCAGCCCCAUUGCCAUGAGUGCUUUGAGAAGCGACAGGCCACAGGUGGAGGGGCAAGGAUAGAAGGGGUCGUGCAAACUAAGGUUGGGGGAAUACAAGGCGCAGAAAUUGAGACAAGUUCCAGAGGAGCCAGAAGCAGCAGUCCACCGUCUUCCUCCUCUGGAAGAGGGGUGGUGCAGUCCAGUCCUCGUCCAGCCCCUCCCACAGCACCUAGCCUCAGCCUUUACAGUGAAACCCAUGCAAUGAAGUGCAAGACACCUGGCUGUUUGUUCACCCUGAGUGUGGAGCAUGAUGGAUUAUGUGAGCGCUGCUUCAACUCUCGUCAGAACCAUGCUCCCUCUGCUGCAGGGACAGCAGCUGCUGGACUUCCUUGCUCUAAUGGAGGGACUGUAGCCCCGCAUAUGGCCCAGGGCACUGGCUGGACACAGUGGGAAAAGCGUGAGACAGAAGCAGAACGCUGUGGCAUGUGCAGACAGGAGGUGUUCAGGAUAUUCAAUGUUUGGAGUCAGGCCAGGGAUGCAGAGCGGCCGUGCCUCACUCUCACGCCGGGACACACGUCAGCCUGGCAGCCACCUUUAGCAAGGCCUUGUAAGAGAUCAGGCUGCCAGUUCUUUGGAACACCUGAGAAAUUGGGAUUCUGCACUAUCUGCUACGUAGACUAUCAAACAAAUCACCAUCUGACUCCGCCCCCGGCACCUGUGCAAAGCCGGCAUGGCCUGGAAGCAGGGUUUCAGAAUGCCUCUCGGUGUCGUGGGCCGGGCUGCGGUGCAGUUGGGAAGGCAAUGUUGGAAGGCUACUGCGACAAAUGCUAUGUGAAAGAGCAGAGCACCCGGCUCAACCAAGUGGCGCACCGCACACCUCACUCUCCUCCUCCAGUAGUGCGUGACCGUACUACUAAGCCAAGAUCAUCACAGCAAUCUCAGACGCAGACACAGACACAGACACAGUGUCGAAGGAGCGGCUGCAGUAACGUGUCCCCAGGGUGUACAGACCUCUGUCCAGAGUGCCACACUCGCGGCCAAGGCAGAGAGGGGGGCAGAAGGGCGCAGGCGCCUAAAGAAAAAUCCAAGCAGCGAUGCCGGACACAGGGCUGUGACCACUACGCUAACCAAGAGAAACAGGGCUACUGCAAUGAGUGUGACCACUUUAAACAGAUUUAUCGCGGCUGA